GCGCACUGCACACUCUCAGCGCUCGUGUGGGGCCCGUGAGGAUCCAGCGGGAGUGUUUGCUCUGUAAUGGCGGCCUCGGUGUUGCACUCCGCGGAAAGCGCCGUGCCCUCUUUUACUGUCGGUCAUCCCGCCCGAGCCACCGGCCAUCACGGAUUAUCUAACGCUCCCGGACCAGCGUCCUGGAACCGCUCGCUGGAUCGGGCGCUGGACGAGGCGGCGGCCACGGGAGUGCUGAACCUGAGCGGCAGGAAGCUGAAGGAGUUCCCGAGGAGCGCCGCCGGACACGACCUGACCGACACCACACGGGCCGAUCUGUCACGGAACAGGUUGCCGGAGCUGCCGGUGGAGGUGUGUAUGUUUGUGUCGCUGGAGAAUUUAAACCUGUACCAGAACUGCCUGCGUUCACUACCGGAGAGUCUGAUAAACCUGCAGUCUCUCACUUACCUGAAUAUCAGUCGGAACCAGUUGUCCACUCUGCCUGCACAUCUGUGCCGUCUGCCUCUCAAAGUCCUGAUCGCCUGCAAUAACAAGCUGGUAUCGCUGCCAGAAGACCUGGGCAAACUCAGACAGCUCACUGAACUGGAUGUCAGCUGUAAUGAGAUCCAGACCCUUCCUCCUCAGAUCGGUCAGUUGGAAGCUCUGCGUGACCUCAACAUUCGCCGGAACCACCUCGUCCGCCUGCCUCCAGAGCUGGCAGAGCUUCCGUUGGUACGGCUUGAUUUCUCCUGUAACAAGGUGACGUCGAUUCCCGUGUGCUACCGUAAUCUCAGACACCUGCAGAGCAUCAUUCUCGACAACAACCCGCUUCAGAGCCCACCUGCACAGAUCUGUAUAAAGGGAAAGAUCCACAUAUUUAAAUAUCUAAACAUGGAGGCGUGUAAAGCAGCGUCAGACCUUCCGGAUUAUGACAGAAGACCACUUCCCUUCGGCUCCUGUGCUGAAGAUCUGUAUUCCGGCCGGCCGUACGGAGCGCUGGAUUCUGGCUUCAACAGUGUGGACAGCGGAGACAAGAGGUGGUCUGGAAAUGAGCCUUCAGACGAAUUUUCUGACCUGCCGUUGAGAGUGGCAGAAAUCACCAAAGACCAAAGACAGCGGAGAGAGCGAGAGGAGCUGCGGACGGGCUCUCACAUCAGUAAUGGAACAUUGGACUCUGAGAUUGAGCAGAUCGACUUUAUCGACAGCUGUACAGGAGAAGAGGAUGAGGAAGAUGGGCGGAGCCGUCGAGGGACAGAGCCAGUCAGCCUCAGCUCCCAGUUCAUGGCCUACAUUGAAAGACGAAUAACCAGAGAAGGCUCACCUGUGAAGACAAGCCCAUCCAGAGACUUCAGAGCUGAUGACUCGAAACGCCAAAGCUCCUUACAUAACCGCUCUGGGUCAGAUGUGUCCUCACACUCUCAUCAGCGGGUCGCUGGUGUGACGUCAGGAUCUGGUGCUGGUGUGGAAAGAGUGAGACGAGAAGCUCAGAUAGCAGCGCUGCGGUACGAGGAGGAACGACAGAGAAACAAAUCCGUGCAGAGAGACGCUGUUAUGAACUUUGUCAAGAAUAAGUCGUCUCCGAGCCCUACGAAGCUCAGUCCAACAGACAGUGAGAGUCUGUACCCCUCCAGACGGUCCACUCACACAGACGACUCCGCCCUCUUUAUGAGUGAGUUUGAACCUCUACUCAUAUUUGAGAUAGAUACAGAUACCAACACAAUAAAGAAGAGACCAGACCCUCACAAACAGUGUCUCUCUGCUUUUCCACUGGAUGGCUGUGUGUCUCCUGUUUUAGCCGUCGCCCCCUCCUGUACGCUGCAGCAAGGGGAAGAUUAUGCCGCGCUGUCUCCCACCGCUCUCCAAUCACCCACUUACCCUAGCCCAUCUGCCCCGCCCCCUUCACGCAGCUCCACCCAGCGACCUGAGAGUUACCUGUUUCGUCUGAGUCAGCGAGAGAAGAAGAAAGGAGAUUCCGGCGUGCAGAGGGCAGAGUCUACAGAAACCACUCCCACGCAAAGUCCGGCCCCAAUAGGAGAGGAGGCGGACCUGAUAGAGCAGCUGAGAAGGAAUAUCGAGUGUCGACUCAAGGUGUCUCUGCCCAGCGAUCUCGGGGCGGCUUUGACUGACGGGGUCGUGUUGUGCCAUCUGGCCAAUCACGUGCGUCCUCGGUCCAUACCCAGCAUCCAUGUACCCUCACCGGCAGUGCCCAAACUGACAAUGGCCAAGUGUCGACGGAAUGUGGAGAACUUCCUGGAAGCGUGUCGCAGGAUUGGAGUCCCUCAGGAUAGUUUGUGUUCAGCAGGAGAUGUGUUGAAAGGGGAGGUCAUGUGUGUGUUCAGGCUGGUUGAGGCCUUACUGUCCCUGGCUCCGCCCCCGCUUCACUCCGCCCCUUCCUCCCAGCUGGCUGGUUUUGCCCUCUUCUACCUGUCAGUCAUGUCACUGCUGUGCGCUCUCUACUGCCACCUGGUGCCAAACGUUUAAAUUGCACAAGCAUAUCAAUUACUGUUUGUUUGCUGCCAAUGUUUUUGUGCACAAUAGCCAGUGCUGAUACACACAGAUAGUUUCACACAAUUUUUCCUUCGUUUAAAAAAAGGAACUUGCUGCUCACCUAAGACAACUUGUUUUAGUUAAAACAAUCAAAAUGAUUGAGCUAGUCAUUAAACAGUCAGGGUUAAAAACGGUCUCUUUACCUCUUUACCCCGAUUCACCA